AUGAAUUUAACUGAAAACGAAACCAGCCUUGGAGGUUCGUCCACGUUAUGUGACAACUUUACAAGUCUCAUAUCCAUGGCUUCUAUACAGUUCUUGUCAUUUUUGUCUAAUCUCGUGGCAGCCAUAGCAAUUUGGAAGCUCCCAGGUCUGGAAGAAAACAAAUAUCACCUCGUCGUUCGGACUCUGGUCAUCAGUGAUCUUUUGAUUCCUCUUUCAACCUUACCUCUCUCCUUUGUCUCCUAUGCAAAUUGCGCUUGGAUUGGUGGUACAAUUCUAUGUUCUGUUACUGCGUUCAUCUCAACCACAUUCUUAAGCUGGUCAUUUUUCAUCGUCUUUAUAAUGUGCUUUCUGCGUUUUCUCGCCGUCACAAGACCACUAUUCUACAGAAACCAAGUCACAUCCGCAAGAGUGCAGAAAGCCCUGGUUUUAGCCCUCUUUUGGCCCUGCAUUCAUUUGGUCCUCCCUGUUUCGGGUUUUGGUCAGUUUAAGUUAUACAAGACGGGAUUCCAAUGCGCGCUUGAUCUUACGCCCAAAGAAUCCAGAGGUAAGAUUCUGUUAUAUGCUACUGUGGUCGAAGGAGGUUUGGUCAUUGUUGCUUUGCUGUACUUUUGUGGAACAAUUUUCUGCUUUCUGAACCGGAAGCGCAGAAUCAGCAGUUUGCUAUCCGAACAGCAACAACGAGGCGCGGGCGUUAACAGAGUAAACAAGCAGCAUGGUGGUUUUGCUCGCAUUACGUUCUUUAUUGUUGGGCUGUUUUGUGUUUGCUACGUUCCCUUUCUGGUAAGUGUUAAAAAUCAUAUAUCGUAAUUUCCGUAAGGCACCCUUUUACUUGAGGCCUCCCUUUGAAUAUGCUUCUCCUUUCAGUCAAGGGAAAUAAAGUUAUCAAGCACGCCCCUUCCGUCGUUGCCACCUGUACUUUCACCGACAAUUAACCUAAUAAACAAGGCCGUAUUAAGCAAUUACAUUGCUCGCAAACAAGAUUGUUUUUUUUUAGCAACAAUGCUAGUCAAAUUUUUGUGAGGAAGUUAAAAGUGACAAUUUUGUACUGAUACUGAUAAUAACUAUAAUUAAGUCCAAUUCGUUCCAUUUGCUUUAUCUCUCUGUUUUUCAGUCUUACCGAGUGUUCAUUCUGAUCUGUGGCCCUUCUUCAUACAACGAAACUUCUUAUUUUUACACGGAGCUCUUGGCCCAUAUUAACCCACUUCUAAAUCCGCUGGUCUAUGUACUGUGUAGCAAGCAAUAUCGGGUUUCCGUGAAGAAACUCUUUACAAAAUGUUCCUGUACAGGUCGAUGCGGCUUUUGCGGUCACACAUUUUACUUAAAAGGUAAGUGGAAAAGGGAUAACUGGAGCUUCAUAAAACCAGCCUCAUAACUGUUACAUCGCUCAAAUAUUAGUCUGGUUUUCCCAAGUAACUUGAGUAGGAGUUUCAAUAGCCUGUAUACAGACGUCCCCCCUCCCUCAGAAAAAAAUCUUCUCCCGAUUUUUCUCUGAGGGAGUAGGGACGUCUGUACACAGGCUAGAGUUUCAAGUGGGAGUGAUAUUGUUAUUGGCAACGAAGUUGGUGCUCAUGCAGCUGCACUGUCCAAAAAGAUCGCAGCACCGAGAUCGAGAAUCAUCCGAGCUAUCAAUCAAAGGCUGACACGUUCACUGAAAAGGUCAUUGAGUAUGGGAGGGGUCAAACAGAGGAAAUUGUUCAAGAGGAGUUUGAGUUACAAAGCACUCUAACAUAUUCUUUUGCAAUCAAAAUUUAACAUGAAACGCACGUAAGUACAAGCCCAUAAUCUGCGCAAGGUGUUUUGGUAGCUGACAGAAUGGCACGCAGUGUGGAGAAGAGGGAGCAGGUAUCAUAAACCCUAAAAAAUCAUCUGUAAGAGUCCCUGUAUCCGACCAGUGUACAAGCUCUCACGUAACCCUUCCCCCCUUCAUCCCUAGUCGAGAGAUAGAGGGAGAGCUAUUUCGCAGCCCUAGUGUGCCUACCUUUCCGCUGGUAUUAGAAUAAAGUAGAGAGAAGUUAUAAUGAAAAUAAUAAAAUAACACAAAAAUCGAAUGGCCAUCUACGACAGCAAAUCAUUUAACUAAGUCAUUUCUUUUUACUUUUUUUACUCCCCUUUACUUGGUCUGAAAAAUUGACUAAUCUGCUUUUUUCAACUUACAGAAGCUUUCAAAUACGUUUGUAUAACCUACGUCCGUUGAAAUAAAAAUUAAAACCAUUUCUAUUCCAAAUCAGUAUUUAAGAGCUGCAGGACCACAGCGACAAACUGUUAAGAGGCACAGGGUCUUAGUAGACCUGGAUCGGUAUAAAUAGAAACUUUUCUAAACCUACUAGCUCUUAUGAUCUUGCACUUUAUUUUUUAGAUGACUACGGACGAAGUAUUGAGUUACGGAAGAUGUCUGCGUUUUCGACGAGAACCCAGAGUAUAUUUUUGGAGUAGGGAAAAGGCUGGUGCUUCACCUGUCCACGUCUCUCAACGUUCACCCUGUGCCGGGCAUCCUGAAGCCAGAAGUUUUCAAACAGAGCUCAGUAAAGUACUGUUAGAUUUUAUGGAGACCCAAAGAGGUCUUAAACAAUUAAAAUACAGAGGGAUCCGAUUGAUUGCAAUCAACAGAAGUUACCAAGAACUCUGAGCUUUCGAUCAGAAAAAAACUUUUUCGUAAUUGAUUGUCUGCAACCAAGGUCUGCCUCGUCGGCAGAGGUCUCUUUCUCGGGCGCGUUUCGUGCUCUCCUCUUUACAAAGAAGCGGCCGAGGAGAAACCUUUCGAGUCUUUGUGAAACUUUGUGGCGUUUUCUAGUAUUUAACGCAAGUGUGUUUGAAUUUGAAUAUGCCCAACGUCUCGUUUUUCUAUGAAUUGUACCCAUCAUUUUAAAAGAGCUCGAAUCUCGACGGUGCAAUAAAAAUUUGACAUCUAAGAGCCGUCUACUGUUGGCAACGACAUACAAAUUCGUCAUUUUUUUUUUCAAGUCUACUUAGCAAGCCUGAGAGCGCAAAAUAGAUGUACUUAACGAUCAAAAGAGGCUAGCUGCCAGCGGAACCUUCUCUGUAUCUGAAAACGCAAUAAUCAGUAAGGCCAUGCAACAGGCCAUGGUGCAAUGGCCAGGUUUUACCCUCGCCAUACCAAAGACGAGAGCUAAGAAGAUUAUUUUAAAGCAAUAAUAAUAAUAAUAAUGAUAAUAAACUACUGUUCAAAAGGUAAAAUAAAAGCAUAUUUUAGACUAGUACAGAGGUUGCAAUGUUAAAAAAGCUUUUUGUUUUUGGUUUCCUCCCCCACGAAACAUGUUCAGCAUAAGAUCGCGCUUACUUUUGAAGUAUUUGAAAUGCAAAAGCAAUGAUGUUUAUUUUGUUCACCCCUUCGACUCCCAAUUAUUUCACACAAAUUAUGACGUUUCCGCGCAUUUUGUUCACGAGCCAAAUUUGCCGGACUCCUCAACAUGUGUAAAACAGUUGCUCUUUUCUUGCACUAUCCCGUUAUUUCUUCUAAAAUAAAAUAAAUUUAACUUGUAAAGGUCCUCGAUAAACCAUUUGCAAUUGACCUUAGUUCAACAAAACUGAUCCCGCGCAUUAAUUAUGAGUCACCAAUAUGGCUGGUACUUAGUUGAUACUCUGACAACGGCCGAAAACACUGAAUUGGUUGGGAAAAAUGAACGAAGAAAGUUGACGAUCGGAAUAGCCUGCGAACAAUCUCUCCAUUUGGGGGAUAUCAAUAGGGACCUUAUGAUCAGACAACGGCGACGUCCAUGACAACGUCGCUGAAAAAUAGCCCCGGCAUCCUUUCAAACCAUUUCGCGAUUAUCCCGGUGUGGCUCGUGAAUUUUAAAAUCGCUGGUUAAUUCAUACGGCACGAAAGCAAGUCAAUACGUGGCAAUCGACUAAUAAGUUGACUACCUGGUUAUUCAAACGCUGAUUGGUCAAAGCCGAUUGAACUAUUGUAUUCUCGGCAAACAUGAAAAAUUUAAAAUUUAAAUUUUUCACCGGCUGGAGGUCGCAAAGGUCGCAUUUUCAUUCUCUAGUUCAAUAACUCAGCUUGCCGGUCGCUGUGCAACAGACUAGUACUCACAUGAGACAAGGCAAAAAAGCUGUAAAAUAUGCCGGGCAACAACAGCAACCAACUCUUUGCGACCUGAAAACUGAGAUCGAAAAAAUGCGAUACCAAGGUCACGAGAAAGGAGAAAAGGUAAGAUAUAAAAUAUGUAGGAUAUGAAAUGUUGUAGUUUAGAAGGUGAAAUACGGAAUGACAAUUGUAUGGGAUGGUGAAUGAAUAACUUCACUGUAAUACAGUCAGGUUAAAGUUAUUUAACCUUUCCUUUGAUUCUUUUAAUAUUGGAAAGCAGAAAGUUAUUGCAUAGGUACGAGUACGCUAAUGUUAAGAAUUGGUGAUCCUACUGAAAACCGUGUUAGCCGCAUAAUUGGUUCGGCUUCUAAGAUGCAGUAAAAUCAUUUAACACAUAAUGGUAGUUUUAUCGGGCCAGUGGACAAUGCAUCAAAGGAAAUAAGAGAGGCGAAGAAAUGAUUUCAAUCACCGCCGUUGUUAACGCCGUCCGGCAAAGGAACUUAGUUGUGGUGCUUUAGUUCAAACCCGAUCUUGCCACAAUUGCAUAAUUACCUGCAGUACAAGCGUGUACACGUGCUAGCUGGUCUUUGCAUCAAAGCAGAAACGAAUUGAUUUCACUGUAACUUUAAAUACUAAUAACAAAGCUCUAUGACUUUAGACAAGCCCUGCACGGCUUUUAAGUCCUGGACAACUUUCUAAAAACUUUAAAAUGCAGUACAAAACAAUAUUGGAUCGGGCAGGAAUUUGGUUUACAUGCUGCGUUUGCGGGAAAAACUGAUUUUCAAAGUAAUAAGUGCAUUUUCGGAACUACUGCUUUGUUUGCCGGUUUUUCGUAAACCACUGAAAUUUUAGUUGUAUAUCGUGGUAUGGUCAUUUAGAUUGCUACCAAAGACUUUCUUUAAUUUCCAGCUUGCUCCAUUUUGGCGUCUCCUUGAUCAAUAAGAAGACAAAAGGACGCUUAGUGUCAUCGCAAAUAAGUCAUUUCGGUGUUAGUAGAAAGUUGAUUGAAGGAUUUAAGGACCAUGCUAAUAUGAAUGAAGUUGCUUUCUAUUUAGGUUUCAGUGAUUUCCUUAAAGAGGAUUGAAAAAGUCGUCUGUUGACCAAAAAUUUGGUUCAUAGGUUUAAGUUAUGGUAAAACAUUGGAACCGGCGGUUGAUAGAAGCUUGCACUGAUUAGCUUAUGAUUGUCGCUUCAUUCAUUUAUCUUGCACAACUAAUACAGGAUUUUCGCGAACAAUAAGCUUUUUGUAAGACACCAUGAUUGUGCAAACAUUGCGAGGAGAAAACGACUCGAAGCAAUCGGAUGAACUCAGGCUAGGUUUCUUUCUACUUUUCCGUAUUUUCGUCAUAUUUACUUCACCUGGUUAGGAAUCUCUUCAGUUUGAAAACAUGAAAAGGAUUAAACGGAUUUUUCCAGAAAAAAAGCGAGCAAUUUAUUUGUUUUUGUUUAAGACUUGUAUGCACAUGAUUGAAUCUCUUUGAUUCUAUUAAUAUUGGAAAGCAGAAAAUUGUUAAAGGGUUCGAAUACUUGUACAGGUACGAGUAAUCUAAUGUUUUAUACUGGUGAUCCUACUGAAAACCGAGUUAGUAAGAUGCAGUAAAAUCAUUUAACACAUAAUGGCAGUUUUAUUGGGACAGUGGACAAAGCAUCAAAGGGAAUAAGAAAAGCACAUACUUAGGGAAGAAAUGAUUUCAGCCACCGCCGUUGUUAACGCCGUCCGGCAAAGGAACUUAGUUGUGAUGCUUUCAAACUCGAUCUUACCUCAAUUGCCUUAAUAAUGAUUAUAAUUACCAGCAGAGUACGAGCAUUUAUGCGUUCUAGCUGGACUUUGCGUCAUAGCAGCAACGAAUUGAUUUCACUUUAAUUUUGUAUAGUAAUAACAAUUAAGCUUUGUGAAAUAUAGGAAAUUUUUGUUAACAUGGUUGCCGUGGCCGUGAUAAAUGUCGCCCACGCCGAUGAGACAAGCCCUAGCUUUUAAGUCCUGGACAACUUUCUAAAACCUAAAAAAUGCAGUACAACACUAUAUUGGUUUGGGCAGGAAUUUGGAAUAUACUGUAUAUGCAGAGUUGGCGGGAAAAACGUAUUUUCAAAGUAACAAGUGCAUUUUCGGAACCACUGCUUUGUUUGCCGGUUUUUUGCAAACCACAGAAAUUUUAGUUGUAUAUCGUGGUAUGGUCAUUUAGAUUACAAGUAAAGACUUUCUUUUAUCUCCGGCUUGCUCCAUUUUGGCGUACUCCUCUAUCAAUAAGAAAAUAAAAGGAGACUUAGUUUCAUCGCAAAUAAGUCAUUUUGUUAGUAGAAAGGAUUUAAGGACCAUGCUAAUCUGAAUGAAGUUGGUUCUUAUUUGGUUUUCAACGAUUUCCUUCAAUAAGAUCGAAAAAGUCGUCAGUUGACCAAAACUUCGGUUCAUAUUGGAGCUUUAAUUAUGGUAAAAUAUCACAACCAGGGGCUGAUAAAAGCUUGCAAUGUUUGUCGCUUGAUUGUCGCUUUAUUCAUUUAUCUUGCACAAUACAGGAUUUUCGCGAACAAUAAGCUGACUAGCUCAUUUCGUUGCUAAUUGUUUGUAAGACGCCAUGACUAGCGAAAGCGGUUUCUUUCUACUUUUCCUUAUUUUCGUCAUAUUCACCUGGUUAGGAGUCUCGUCUGUUUGAAAACAUAAAAGGAAAACUUCAGCAAAAAAUUAAGCGGAUUUUUUUCAGAAAAAAAGCGCGCAAUUCAGUUUACUCAAGACUUGUAAUAUACACAUGAAAAUUAUACCUCUUUUGAACCUUUUGUUUUCGUUUUUGUUGAUCUGUUCCCGCGCUGAAAACCCCGCCUUAUAUUUGCGGAAUUUUUUCUGUCAAAAGACCUGAUGCUGUAAUUUGAUUGGAUAAAAUCACUUUCAACUUCCGACCGAUCAAUCUGAUUGGCGGUUUCCUAGAUACACUUUAGCAAGUGUUCAACCACGUUCUCUGUCAUUUUCCAGUUGCCGAACGCUCUUAUGCAAACACCAUUUAUCGUCAAAAUGUCAUGAAUGCAUAUAGCGUAGAGUAGAAAAGCAUUUAUCCUCUUAAAUAACAAACUACAAAAAAGGUCUGAAGGUCAAAAGAUUUGCCAAACCGUGGUCUAAGUUAGCCUUCGUACAACAUGAUAACCGACCCAUUGUAUUUGCUUUAACGACGCCUUUCUCAAACAGAAAAGUACUCGCUUGUGGUAGCCGGGUGAUUCAGUUUUGGUAGGUCAGCAUUUAUUCUCAUAAUUUACUCGGUGAAUUGAGUGGUAGAGUGCUCAUUUUUUCUGUCUUGGGGCGCUUUCAGAACCGACCGGUCAGACGGUUCCCGUUCCAGCAAGAUCAGUCAAAUCCUAAAUUUUAUGCACGAAGGAGAUGGUUUUUCAUCUAAACCUUCUGGAAAAAGCCUAUUUCUUUCAGGCCAGCCAAUUCUGACAAAUGGAAAGCUCCCUGAGUUUUGAUGUGGUUAUUCCAACACUGAUUGAUAGCCGAUUAUGAUUUAAAUUUUUCACCAACAUGAAUGAAUGUAACUUCACUGUAGUUAGCCUGAAUUUCAUCCGAUUGCUUCGAGUCGUUUUCUCUAUGAUUCUUUUAAUACUGGAAAAGGGUUCCAAACUUGUAUAGGUACGAGUAAUUUAAUGUUUUAGAAUUGGUCAUCCUACUGAAAACUGAGUUAGCCGGCGGCGCUUCUAAGAUACAAUAAAACCUUUUAACACAGUAGUAGGGAACAAUAGAGGCACAUACUGAAGAAAUGAUUUUAAUCACCGCCACUGUUAACACCGUUAAUUUUUUUGUUUAGAUAAGGCUUCAAGAUCUUCGGGAUAACAAGAGCCGAACCAAGCACCAUCCAGCACGCGGUAGGACCAGCUGGGCAUACUUGUUGGUUUAACAAUAUGCGGUAGAGAAAUUGUGUUCCUUAGUUCUUCACCCUGUCCAUCCAGAGGUUUUCCAUUUUGAGGUAUGUUAGCCUAUUUUUUUUUUUUGAAGGGAACGCUUAAAUUAAUAAGUGUGUUUGACUUCGUCGACUUCGUUGAGUUACAUAUCUAUUUAAGAACUUUUUAGCGCGAGCGUGAUUAAAAUGUCUGUGAUACAGCAAAGCUUCCUGAAAUGUUUUCACCCCUUUUGAUCUACUCUUUUAUCUCCCUAUACUCUACAUUUUGGGGGGAACCUUUUGUUCGCUGAUCUUUCUUAGAAACAUUGAGAAAAUGAUGUGUUGGCUAAGUUGCCAUUUUGUCGCAAUAGAUCUACGGCAGGGGCACCAAACGACUGUUUUCUGUGACGGAAAUAUCUGUUCGGAGAAGCAAAAAGUGCCUAUAAUUUUCUAAAGCACGAGGAAGGCUAAAAAUUUCUAGAUGACCGCUCCAUUCAUGUACAAUUUUUGAAACUUCUCUAAUAAAUUCCUUACAUUUUCUUUAGUUUAAUUUUUCCCAUUUCACUCCCCGGGUUAAGCUAUUUUUCGUGAGAAAGGAAACCUAAAAUUUGCGGAAUCGAAAUUGCGAUGCAGAGAGGAAUCAGAAAUAUUCUCACUUUCGUAAAACUUUACUUUGGAGCUUAAAAUUUUCGGGAAAAUAAUACUGAAGCCCUUGCUAUUUCGAAAUGACUCAAGUUGCCCUAGGAUGACCGAAGAGAUAUGAAUUUUUUAGCGCUAAUUAGAAUGCAUUUCUAGAGAUCUAAAAGUACUCUGGAUAGCCUAAAAAGUGUUUAGGAGGAAAUCGCCGUUGGAUGCCCGUGGUACGGGUAUGGCCCUUUACAUGUACAAUGUAAUCCUUAAACCUUUGACGUUCUCCUUUUACAGAUGCUAGGCUAGUACUGUUGGGAAUUUGGUCAGAAGAUCAGCUUGAAAGAUGGGAUCAUAAAACACUGUGAGUUGUAUUCUCUUGUUAGAACAUAAAGCAUAACACACCCAAAAAGGGAUAUUCCCUCGGGAACUCGAACGCUCUAUUAUCUAAUACAAUAAUUAAAUGUAUUUACGCUGUAUUAGCUCAUAAAAUAAUAAGAUGUAUUUGACUUUGUUCCUGUGUCUUAAUAUGAGUCGCUUUGGAGGGGAUUUAAAUCCGAUCAGACAAACAUGUACUUGAUACCGGCACAGGAAAAAAAAAACAGGAACACAGGUAGAUACAUCCUAUUUUAUUAGCUUGUACACCUUAAAUGCAUUUAUUGUUCUAUUAGCUAUAACUACAGCGUUCGGGUUCCUUGUGGAUAUUCCAAUUAAGUAGUGAUCAUGCUGGUAAUCUUGCAGUUAAGUUCAACACUACAACUGGUUAAAAAUAUCAGUGUAGUAUACUCUUAAUACAUGAAUUAGAGGAUUACUGGUCUUGAAACUGCAACUGAAAUUAGCAUGAAAGAGUCGACCAUGUGCUCCUUCAUUGACUACUCGUGAUGUAAGACUACACGAAAUGUAUCUCGCUUACAACUUCAUGUAAUACACAACAUCAUGGUUCUCUAAAUCUAGUACAUUUUCAAUUAUUUAUCUUUCUGGGAGCAAUUGAAACUUCAAAGUUUGUGGUAAAUUUUCUGUUAACGGUAGUUUCAUCCCAAAUAUUUAAAAAAUAUACUAUCCAGACAGCUCCUCAAUCAUUAAUUAAUUUGUUUGCCGCUAUUAUUUUUCUGUCUGGAAAGCCAGGUAAUUUUUAAAAAUAUUAAUCUACAAAUAUAGUUAAUACAUUGAAAAUGUAAGAUUUGGCAUUUCAUCCGUGCAAGUAAAAUAAGAAGUGAAAACACUAGACACUUCUGUAAUAAUUUCUGGUAUAUAUAUAUAUCUAUUUUUUGAUCAGCAAUACACCAUGAUGCAUACAUCAUUUCUUGCAAACAAUCUAACUCGGAACAUGUUUAAAUUUGUUUUAUUAAUUUGUUCCGCUACCGUGGUGACAGUAUAUGUAGUUAAAUUUAUUUAAAUCAAUUUAUUUAUGUAUUCAGCUUUAAUCACAUGUCUUUAAUGCAAAAUUAUAUCACAAGGUUAAACUUACAAAUUGAUUUCAGAGGUCUGUAAGAAAUUAAUGUCCAUCUACAGAAAAACCAAAUGAAAACUUAAAUAACUAAAUGUAGACUAUCAACAAAACACAAAACAAAGCAAAACACUUUUACGUCUAAUACUACUUAGUGUCAUUUAGAGCUUAAAGUGAAUGAGCAAAGAAAAACACAGCAAUAAACAAAAAAAAAUGUAUAAUUGCAAAUUAAAAGGGAUAAAAGGGAAAAACAAUCCAAAAUUAGAGGAAGCGGUAAAAAAGUGACCAAAAGGUUUUAGUCUGUGAGAAUAAUUUUGAUGACCACUCAAGCCAUACAGUGCCAGUGUGCAACAAAAUUCAAAAAUUGCAAAAAAGGAUAGCAUUGCAUGGGAUUUGAAAAGGUGUAGGUCUGGAUUAAGUUGAUAAAAACUGCUCACUGUUGGGUUUGAAAUGAGUUUCAGUUUGGUUUGCUUAUUAUAUGAGCGGAUAACGUGGGUAUAUUUUGCUUAUUCAGUUUGCGACCAUGUUUUCACAUGACAACUAGGCGCUUAGCUAGGUGUACAAUUAGACUAACUUUUAGCCAAUUAUAUGACUGACAGUAUUUAGGUAAAAAUUCCUUAUACGUUCAAUAUUAAAGAUCAUUUGGUACGAAAAUGUUCAUAUUACCAUAUUGCAAUGUUGUUUCUUGGGUUUUGGACCUUUGCUUGAUGUGUUUGUGUGCUGCUUGGUUCUUGGUCAAGGCAAUUCCUCUGCUCAUUUUCUCUUUUGUUCAGGGGAAUGUACCCAGUCUCCAAACAAGAACUGAUAGGAGUUGGAAUAAAUUCCAGCUAUACCCGUGACAAAUGGCUUUGAGACUUGGGUAGAAAUAAAAGUGUACUCGGUAUAUUGUUUUUCGGAGGUGGUGGAGUUGUCGCUAUAGUGUAAUAGGCUUAUACUAGAGAGUUCUUUGUGGGCGCAUGUCUUGAAUCGGUCGUUUAGGUUAAUAUGAUGUAGAUGGUUUGACUUGAUUACAAUGGAUACAAAAAAAUUGGAAUGAUGAUCAAAUGGGUUUACUCAUUACUAGUGGCUUUGACAGUUUGGAAGAAAUAAUUGUGACAAUUGUUUGUCAAGCAGUUGUUGUGAGGGAAAUUACGUAUUGGAAGAAAUAAAAAGUGAAGUACUAGCUUCUUCAGGCUUGGAUUAAAUUCCCUGUGAAAAUCCACCAAACUUUGAACCGUAAAUAUGGUGUAUACUUGUUAAAUUUUAAUACUUGUUGGGGUUUCAAAGUUCAGCAAAUUAUCGAACACCAAAAUGAAAAAGUGUGCACUUUAUAAAAAUUUACCCUCUCACCCUUUUUCCAUCUCAACUGUCUAAGACAUGGUUCUUUAAAUGUUUUAAAUCGCUAUCAACAGUACUUGAAAUUUCAUUAACUAUAUGGCAUCUCCUAUGUCUUCCUGGGUCUUUUGGUGUUGUCUUGCUCAGCAGAAGUUUAAACUGAUUUAGUUCAUCUUUUACAAACACGACAUCUUUGUGAAAAGUUUUACUAACCAGGCCAGAUUACUUUGUUUGUCAUUUGUGGUUUGUUUCACUCUCCUUCUGUAUCACUAGUCGUUUUUCCUAUUUGCUAAUUGGGUCGGCAAACUGACAGCAAAUUUUAUUGAAUGACAUCGGUUUGUGAGUUGAACAAAAAGACGUCGGUCGGCAUUUCAACAAAUUUGUUGCCAAAAAGUAAAUGCUUAACUUUCAAAACUAAAACGACAAUUAUCGUCUAACUCCAUUUUAUAUGAAGAAUCAACAAAUGAAGCCGGCCAUAAAACGCAAAAGCCGACUACAUCAUUCACUUCUAAAGAUUAACCACGCAACACAGACAAUUUCUACUUAAAACGACCGAAAUUAAUUUAGUGUCUGAAAAAUUAUAACUCGACAAGACUUCAAUUUACUUACAGAGUUCACUAGUUUCCUUGCUUUUUUUGUCGGUUCCUCCCUAUUCAAAAUAUCAUCGAUCAUAAAAGUUUUCGUUGUCGGGGCUUUCACAUGCCCUUCUGUUCUGUUAAUUACCGAUGAUCUUCGCCAGGUUCCUAAGGUUCUCAAACAACUCUCAAGGCUAGAAGUGGUAUUGAACCAUUUUUAACACCCAAACGCAACCUGAAAACUGUUAACAGUGUGUUAAACUCAGCAAGGCCUUUUAAUGUUUUCUGUAUAACCUUUUCGCUAACAAAGAAGUGUGAAUGCAAGAUAAUUGUGUCAAGUACCGUGGUCUGAUCGAGUUUUAUAGUAUCCGAAUUUGUGUUUACAAAACUUUUAAGUUGUUUUUUAUCGCCAUAGGUCAAAAACGCUAUUAGCGUAAUGUAUCCGAGUUACUGAUUUACUGAAAGAAGUUUGGAUAACAGUAAUCAGAUUUCUCGUUUUGUGGUACAGUCGAACUUCUGCAUACGGACACCUCUCUAAUACGGACAGUUUGCUAUGCACCGACAAAAUUCUCAGACAUUUCCUGUAAAAAGCCUCUGUAAUUAUUAAUUUGUUCUGCUACCAGUGACAGUAUAUUUAGUUAAACUUAUUUGAAUCAAUUUAUUGAUGGCUUUAACUUUAAGGACAUGUCCUUAAUGCAAAAUUAUAUCACAAGGUUACAAAACUUUCAAAUUUAUUUCAGAGGUCUGUUAGAAAUUAAAGUCCAUCUACAAAAAAAACAAAUGAAAACUUAAAUAACUAUAUGUAGUCUAUCAACAAAACACUUUUACGUCUAAUGACUACUUAGUGUCAUUUAGAAGUUAAAGUGAAUAAACAAAGAAAAACACAGCAAUAAACAAAAAACAUGUAUUGUAAAUUAAAAGGGAAAAAAGGGAAAAACAAUCCAAAAUUAGAGGAAACGGUAAAAAAGUGACCAAAAGGUUUUAGUCUGUGAGAAUAAUUUUGACCACUCAAGCUAUACAGUGCCAGUGUGCAAAAGAAUGCAAAAAUUGCAAAAAGGGAUGUAGGUCUGGUUUAAGUUGAUAAAAACUGCAGACUGUUGGGUUUGAAAUGAGUUUCAGUUUGGUUUGCUUAUUAUAUGAGCGGAUUAUGUGGGUACAUUUUGCUUAAUUCAGCCGAGUUUGCGACCAUGUUUUCACAUGACAACUAGGAGCUUGGCUAGGUGUACAAUUAGACUAACUUUUAGCCAAUUAUAUAACUGACAGUAUUUAGGUAAAAGUUCCAUAAACGUUUAAUAUUAACGAUCAUUUGGUAAGAAAAUGUUCAUAUUACCAUAUUGCAAUGUUGUUUUUUGGGUUUUGGACCUUUGCUUGAUGUGUUGGUGUGCUGCUUGGUUCUGUGUCAAGGCAAUUCCUCUGAUCAUUUCCUCUUUUGUUCAGUCUCCAAACAAGAACUGAUAGGAACUGGAAUUUAUUCCAGCUAUACCCGUUACAAAUGGCUUUGAGACAGAAAUAAAUGUGUCCUCGGUAUAUUGUUUGUCAGGAUGAUGGAGUUGUCGCUAUGGUGUAAUAGGCUUUAAUAAUAGAAAGUUCUUUGUGGCCACCUGUCUUGAAUCAGUCGUUUAGGGUAAAAUGAUGUAGACGGUUUGACUUGAUUACAAUGGUUUACUCAUUACUGGUGGCUUUGAGACUUUGGUUGUUUGUCAAGUUAAGGGAGUUGUCGUGGACGCAUAUUGAUUUGGCUGCAUCGUGUGCUUAGUAAAUUACUUCUUGGAAGAAAUAAAAAGGGAGGUACUAGGUUCUUUAGGCUAGGAAAUUGCCUGUGAAAAUUUAUUGAACUUUGAACCGUCAAUAUGGUGUAUAGUACUUGUUAAAUUUUACUACUUGUUGGGGAUUAAAAGUUCAGCAAAUUAUCGAACACCAAAAUGAAAAAGUGUGCACUUUACAAACAUUUACUCUCUCACCCUUUUUCCAACUCGGCUGCCUAAGACAUGGUUCUUAAAAUAUUUUAAAUCGCUAUGAACAGUAUUUGAUAUUUCAUUAAGUCUAUGGCAUCUCCUGUCUCCUUUGGUGUUGUCCUUGCUUCAGCAGAAGUUUAAACUAUUUUAGUCGUACCAUCUUUUACAAACACGACAUCUUUGUGAAAACUUUUACUAACCAGGCCAGGUUGCUUUGGUUGUCAUUUCGUGGUUUGUUUCACUCUCCUUCUGUAUCACUAGUCUUUUUUCCUAUUUGCUAAUUGGGUUGGCAACCUGACAGCAAAUUUUAUUGAACGACAUUGGUUUGUGAGUUGAACUAGAAGACGUCGGUCGGCAUUUCAACAAAUUUGAUCGUCGUUCAUGAUUGUAGCGGUAGAUGGAACUGAUUCACCGUGAGGACAAGUACAAAUGUCAGUGUGGGUCUGACUUGAAGGGGCAGUUUUAGGCAUGCACGUAAACCAUUUCUAUCGUACUUCGCUGAGGCUUUACUAGAAUAAGAAGCGAUAUUUUUUUUUUCGGUUUUGUGUUAAACAAAAGCUAGUAAUACGCAAAACUAAUGAUGCAUCAGAGGUACUGGAAUAAUUGAAUCAUAAUGUUCGCUUACAAUUUCCUGGCUUGGGUCAUUACGUAUUCUCUUUUUGGGCCGUCCUUUCCUUUUUUUGUGUGUGUCGUCGACGCACAAGCGCCUGCUUCUACUUGAGUGGUCUCAAAAGGGAUUUACAAAGUACAAUAUCUUCUGCGGGUCAACGCCCUAACAAGGUGCGGCUCGAACACUGUGUUUCUUCUCCUCUUGGAGUUAAAAGGGUGGGCUCACUUGUGGUACCCGCGGCACUCCUGCUUCGUAUAGAUGCUCCUUAAGCCUGUGGAUAAUCAGGACCAAGGGCAGGCCGGUAGGUCGACGAAGAGGUCCCUUUGGCUGUUGCAGUGUACCACGACCACGGCCACGGCCACGCCCAGACAUAAAAUGGUACGCGAAGAAGGCGGAUUCUCCACCACUUUUUUGAAGAACUUUUCUGACGGGGACUAGCUGAAGCCUCUUCUUUGCUUAGUGGGUCAGCAACCCUACAGCAAAUUUUAUUAAAUGACGUCGGUUUGUGAGUUGAACAAGAAGAGAGACGUUGACAGUUAAACAAAUUUGUUGCCAAACAGUAAACCCGACAAGACUUCAAUUUACUUCCAGAGUUCACUAGUUUCCUUGCAUUUUUUGUCGGUUCCUCCCACGCCUCUUCAAAAUAUCAUCGAUCGUAAAACUUUUCUUUGUUGGGGCUUUUACAUGUCGUUCUGAUCUUUUAAAAGCCGACGAUCAUGGCCAGGUUCCUAAGGUUCUUAAAUAGCGCUCAAGGCUAAAAGUGGUAAAGUCUUGAAGCAUUUUUAUCGCUCGAAACGCAACCUGGAAACUGUUAACAGUGUGGAGGUCUGAAUUGAAGAUAAUAUUGUGAAAUACCGUGGUCUCGUGGAGUUUAUAUAAUCGGCGUUUACAAAACUUAUUUAUAAGUUGUUUUUAUCGCUAUUGGUCAAGAACGCUAAAACCUCUAUAAUUAUUAAUUUGUUCCGCUACUAGUGACAGUAUAUUUAGUUAAAUUCAUUUGAUUCAAUUUAUUAAUGUAUUUAACUUUAAGGACGGUAUAUUUAGUUAAACUUAUUUGAAUCAAUUUAUUGGUGGCUUUAACUUUAAGGACAUGUCCUUAAUGCAAAAUUAUAUCACAAGGUUACAAAACUUACAAAUUGAUUUCAGAGGUCUGUAAGAAAUCAAUGUCCAGCUACAGAAAAACCAAAUGAAAACUUAAAUAACUAUAUUUAUUUUUUCAACAAAACACUUUUAUGUCUAAUACCACUUAGUGUCAUUUAGAAGUUAAAGUAAAUGAACAAAGAAAAGCAGAGCAAUAGACAAAGAAAAGAAUUGUAUCGUAAAUCAAAAUGGUAAAAAGGGAAAAACAAUCCAAAAUUAGAGGAACUGGUUGAAAAAGUGGCCAAAAGGUGUUAGUCUGUGAGAAUAGUUUUGUUGACCACUCAAUGCAUAAAGGUCCAUAAAGGGCCAGUCUGAAACAAAAUGCAAAAAUUGCAAAAAGGGAUGGUAUGGCUUUUUUAAAGGUGUGGUUUCAGUUGAUAAAAUCUGCUGACUGCUGGGUUUGGAAUGAUUUACAGUUUGGUUUGCUUAUAUAGUGAUUACUUUGAGUGGAUAAUGUGGGUAUAUUGCGCUGAUUCAGCUUGCGAUCAUGUUUUCAUGGUUCAAAUCGGUUUUUCGAGUCGUUCCUUGACAUAUUGGUCAUCAGCCGUAAUGGGCAAGAGUUUCACAUUACAGGAGACGUUUUGUGUUUCCCAUGAAACAAAGGCUUCGAAAUUGUGAUGAGAGUUAAUAGGUAUAAGGCGGUUGAGAGACAAGGUGAAGCAGGCUUUGUGGUUGGUACGGAGAUAGGUAAGGAAAUUGUUCGCAGAGUUCAUGAGAUGGUACUGCGGUAUUAG